AUGUAUCGGUUACUAAUGAUGUUUUUAUUAAGUUUAGAUAUCAUAAGCCAAGCAUUACAAGAAACGUUUGGAGAUGACUCGGAUGUAGUAAGUAUGGAAAACGCGUUGCUUGUCCUGAAGAAUGUGCAAGAUACUAGCUGUAACGUCCACACCUCGUUCUAAGUUUAAAUUGACCAACCCUUUAUUAACUUACUUUAUCGACUUUUACACAACAUACAUGUCCACUAAUUAUUCAUGCAAAUUAUUCAUAAUGAGUUCGUAAUAAAUAAAAACAUUACACUAGCAUUGCUGAUAAUGUGGUAAGGUCAGGAAGGACCUUAACAGACAUCUGCUUUAACAGACAUCUGCUUUGAAAUUUCUUCACAAUGCCUACCCAAAUGGAAGGUGGUGGUUGAAAUCUGAUGAUACUGACAUUCAAGAGGGACUCAGAGAAUCUAUGAGAAAUGAAUGGUCAGGUGAUGUAGAUAUAGGAGAUGGUAAGUUAGGAAUUAAGUAGUACAAAUACUUAGAAUACCUUCAGCUUGUCCACAAUAUAGAGUUGAAGGACAGGGCUUCCUCUGACAACAUCAAAGAAGACCUUCAACAGAUGUGUUCUAAGCUAUCCUCAGAGAAGAUUUCCUGACAAAUGUUCAUGCAGAUGCCAAAAAGUAUUACAAGAGCGUCCACGAUAUGGCCAACUCUACAGAGAAAGCAUUGCUUGCAUGUGCUUAAAAUGUGGACGAGUUCAGUAAGUUGCUGGAGAAGAAUGCCUACUUGUUGCAGUCUUUGAAAAACCUCAUAAGCAUCAUCGACAGAGGAAACACCCGUUCUAUAAAGAUCGGAACAACUCUGGUUUAUCUACGUAAAGGUAUUAGUAAUUACUAGUAAUUUUCAGGAAUGUUAUUGUAAAUAACUUGUUAUCUUUACUUGUAUGACACGUCAUAACAAUUGUCGUGGACAGUUAUCGGCAAGUCCUUAAACAUCACUAUAGUUCAAUUUAAUGUUCUCUUAUAAAUAUGUAUUAAUGUUUCAGGAAUUACCUCAAAGACACGAGUAACAGCAUCUAACAUACUGAUAUUCUUGGUCAGUGAUGAAUGGAGAAAUUUCAAACCAUAUGCUAUUCCUGUUCGUGGUCUUAAGUACAGCAGUCUGACAGACAAGAAUGUACGUGACCUGAAGGAAAAAUUGAAAACUGCAAUGUAA